CAGCGAUAUAUGCCGGAUAUAGCAUGUAGCUGGUGAGGUGAGCCCAUCAUGGCGCAAAGCCUACCGAGCCACGCCGGUCGUGAGAGCUUCCCCAUCACACGUCUACCGCAGGAGGUAGUCGACGUGAUCCAAGCCCAUCUCUCUGCCUCGGAUCCUGAUGCUCUAUUGCAAUGGAGUUCAACCAGCCGCUUCUACAGAGAUCUCCUGGCUCCUCACGUCUUCCGAUCCAUCACGGUCGGCUUGCACGUCAGUCCAUUACACUGCGUUGACACCCUCAGGGAGCACAAGCACAUCAAAUCCCUGACAUUCUCAUGCGCCGCGGCCAGACCGUCACCGCUACGACGCUCAAGGCCCUGCCAGGUCCUAACAAGUCAUGAACGCCACUCUCCCUUGACAUGGAUUAACUGCUCCUUCAUCGACUCCACGCUUCGGCACCUACCACCCGGCCUGUCCUCGCUGACCCUUCACUUCCCCGACCACUGGAUCACCUGCAACCAAGUCUAUUGGCCCCGAUUCUCCUUCGAAUCCGAGCAUCAACCACUGGGACACGACGAUCGCGAUGUCCUCAACCGUACGCUGCUAUGGACUGUCAUCGACGCUGUUGCCAAGAACGACAUCUCCCAGAAACCCAAUGGCUUCGAGCUCCAGAUAUUAAAUAUAUCGCCCCACACGUCUGGUGUGUACCACCAGCCUUGCUUCCGUACCUUCUUGAGCCAUUUGACCUCAUUUACACUUUCUCUAUGUAAUUUCGAACCACUUCCCUCGGACAAAACGCUCCCCAGAAACGAUUGGUUUCGAUACCUCCUGAGCGGCUGGUUCUAUGACAACCUGGAGAGAGUAAGAGACUUCAAAUUGAUCUCGAACGCGGCGUGGCAGGUCGCAGGGAAAUUCCCGUGGUCCACGCGCAUUUCAUAUUCAACACUCUCCCCAAAACCCGAACACAUGCCCCAACUCCGCCACUUGACUCUCGAAAACGCCUUCAUCGACGCCGAGCUCAUCGACUUCUUGACCUCGACGGGCCACCCGCAAGCGCUAGAAACGAUCACCCUGCACAACUGUUUCUGUCACUCCACCACGCGAGAAGUCGAGUCCGAAGAUGAGAUGGAGACGGUCGACAUCUUCGAUGCCCCCGCCUGGUCCGACCUGUUCGACAAAAUGAUCGAUGCGCACCCUCCGAACCUCGUCUCGGUUAAGAUCACCUACGACGAGGUGCACUUGAACGCGCGAAUGCCGUGCUACUACGACAAGAACCACGACCCCAGCGUUUGCACAUUGCAAAGAAACUCCCAGUCUCGGAUAUGCAAAAGUCUCAUGAACGCCGCUGCCAUUGACGCCGAGUGUCCAGAGCUUUCCAAGUAUAUCGCGAUCCGGACGCCGUGUGAGUCCCAUGUCCAUCGAACCAUGGUGUUUUUGUACAGCACCAUCGACCCGGACAAAGGGUCUUUCGCAUUGGGACUUUGGGACACCUGUAUGAGAUACGAUGACGGCAGGGACAUGGAAUCGUGGAAGAGGCUGGCCGAACUAAUGAUUACGAACGGAGGCAGGAAUGUGUUAACAUGCUAGCAAAUGAUGGAUGGAGACCUGGCGCCGGCUCAUGACGGAAAAGAGAAUUUGACUCGGUAUAAUUAUUUUUAGUAUCUAAUGGCCAAAAACUUCCUG